CGAACGGCAGCCGAGCGCGCCCCGUCCCGUCGCGCGCGAUGCUGCCCUGGACGGCGCUCAGCCUGGCCCUGAGCCUGCGGCUGGCGCUGGCGCGGAGCGGCGCCGAACGUGGUCCCCCAGCAUCGGCUCCCCAGGGGGACCUGCUGUUUCUGUUGGACAGCUCGGCCAGCGUGUCUCAUUAUGAGUUUUCCCGAGUUCGGGAGUUUUUGGGGCAGCUGGUGGCCCCACUGCCCCUGGGCCCUGGGGCUCUGCGUGCCAGCCUGGUGCAUGUGGGCAGCCGCCCAUACACUGAGUUCCCCUUCGGCCAGCACAGCUCAGGUGCGGCUGUCCAGGAUGCCAUACGUGCUGCAGCCCAGCGCAUGGGCGACACCAACACUGGCCUGGCGCUGGCUUACGCCAAGGAGCAGCUGUUUGCCGAGGUGGCAGGGGCCCGGCCGGGGGUGCCCAAGGUGCUGGUGUGGGUGACAGAUGGCGGCUCCAGCGACCCCGUGGGGCCCCCCAUGCAGGAGCUGAAGGACCUGGGUGUUACCGUCUUCAUCGUCAGUACCGGUCGUGGCAACCUCCUGGAGCUGUCAGCUGCUGCCUCGGCUCCCGCAGAGGAUCACCUGCACUUUGUGGACGUGGACGACCUGCACAUCAUUGCCCAGGAGCUGAGGGGGUCCAUUCUUGACGCCAUGCAGCCACAGCAGCUCCGUGCCUCUGAGGUCACGUCCAGCAGCUUCCGCCUGGCCUGGCCGCCCCUGCUGACCGCGGACUCCGGCUACUACGUGUUGGAGCUGGCGCCCAGCGCCGAGCCGGGGAACGUGCGUCGCCAGCAGCUGCCGGGGAACGCCACGGGCUGGGCCUGGGUCAGCCUCGACCCCGACACGGACUACGACGUGGAGCUGGUGCCCGAGUCCAACGUGCACCUCGUGAGGCCGCAGUACCUGCGGGUGCACACGCUGCCGGAGGAGGCCGGGCCAGAGCGCAUCGUCAUCUCGCACGCCAGGCCGCGCAGCCUGCGGGUGAGCUGGGCCCCGGCGCUGGGCCCGGCCGCCGUGCUCGGCUACCACGUGCAGUUCGGGCCGCUGCUGGGCGGCGCGGCGCAGCGCGUGGAGGUGCCCGCGGGCCGCAACAGCACCACGCUGCAGGGCCUGGCGCCCGGCACUGCCUACCUGGUGACCGUCACGGCAGCCUUCCGCUCGGGCCGCGAGAGGGCGCUGUCGGCCAAGGCCUGCACGCCCGACGGCGAGCGCAGCCGCGCUCCGCGCCCCCAGCCGCCGGGGGCCGGGGGCAGGGAGCCGUGA